CCACUUUCAAAUAUCAAAAGUCAAUUAAUGAUAAUUAUGAAUAUAACGAAUUAAUGACAUUUAUAUUUGAAUAUAACAAAUCACCGGUGUAUGUGGUGUUGGAUGGUUCAUUAAGUCACAAUAGAGUUAAUUUAACCCCCUAGUUAUAACUUAUACAGGUAUUAACUGUAUUUUAUACUGAUAACAACGUCCAAUAUUGACACCAGACAAUCAAUAUAAGAUCCACUCCACCAUUAUAGAUCCACUAAAGCUCUUGUGUUUAUCGAGCAGUGGUUGCUAUGGACGCGUGAUUUUAAAUAAUGUGAUAUCUUAUGUAAUUCGAUCUUUAUAAUCCACUACCAUUUUAAUACUCGUGUAGUAAACGUGGGAUUUGAUUCAUGCAUACUGCUAACAUGGAUAUUAGAAAUAGGAGCACAAAUCUAACAGAUAAACUUACAACUCAUUAUAAAAGCAACAAGAAAAAGAGCGGAUUAAUACCUUCUGUAGGAUUCUUAAAUAGAUGUGCUCCGUUAUGGUAUAUCGUGGUUAUAAUAGGCGUGGCUUAUUGGGGAAUAUCGGACGCUCUACCCUCUAUAUACGGUAAAAGGAGUAUAUUACUGUUAAACAUUAACACGUGUCUAUGUUAUGUUAUAUUUAUAGAAGUAAUGGUGAACUGGGUGUGUAUUCAUGUUGUCGAUAGCAGUUAUAAACCACAUAUACAUGGAACCAAGCAAACUGAAGACAAUGGUUCCGAUGCCACAGUAACAAUCGAAUCAUCUCCUUCCUCUCAAAAUAGUGAACGUCAGAGCAAGUUUAAUUAUAAAAUAUAUGUUGCUACCGGAGUAUCAAAGACGGAUGGUAGCGUUGAAAGAACUGCAUAUCCAUAUUGGUCGUGGGUACCGUGUUUGAUCUGCCAGAAACUAAGACCACCUAGAUGUCAUCACUGCACCUUGUGUGGAAUUUGUGUGUUAAAAAGAGACCAUCACUGUUAUUUUGCUCGGGCUUGUGUUGGCAUCAAUAACCAAAGACAUUUUACCGUAUUUUUAUUCUGGGCAUUAUUUGGUACUGUUUAUUCGUCCUGUCACAUGAUACUCUAUUUUUUCGGCGAAGUUCUUCCCGUCAUGAAAUAUAUCGACAUUGUUCCGCCUAUCGCAUUUGUUCGCGCCGUAUUCGGUUAUCAAGAUUUUGUGAUCAGUUUUAUGAUGUUACUCGCCUGGGGUUUGUUGGCUUUCACUAUUCUAACGUGGGAACAUUUCAAAGAAAUGAUUUUUCUUAUAACUAAAAGUACCACGAGUUUUGAACAUAUGAAUGAAAUCACAAUAUCCGACUCGAGAACAUUACAAGAUAAACUAUAUUCUGUGUUCGGGCAUUACUGGGUGUUGAAUUUCUUCGUACCUGUUCAUAUGUUCUUUAAACCGAUUGAAGACCCUCUUUAUUGGCCUUCCAUCAAGUUAUAAAUCCCCCUUUUGUGUAUUACUGGGAGAUGCUAUUAUCGAUGGACAGAGAAGUUUAUAAUCCUCUUUUUCAGUAUUACAGUAAUUCCUGAUGCAAUUACGGUCUCUGGGCUUCCUGACUACUAUUCCUCGCCUUGCAGAAUUAAAUUGAUAUCUAAUAAGAUGACGAUAAGAGGAUACUUGUCGAAACGUCGUGCUUUUAGAAUAAAACUAGGGGUUGUUUUCCAUACAAAUUGUGUUCUGUUAUAAUAUAUUCAUUCCUUAAUUGCUAAACGCCACUUAAGGAUUAAACAGGCAUUAUGAAAGAGCUAAAUCCGUCUAUAUGUUAUAAAGAUGAUUAAUUAGACACUAAUUAACUUACCAAUGGUGGUAACUUAAUGAGUGUUUAAAUAAUCAUUUUUAUAACAUUUCAGGCCUAAUGGUCCAAGAGCAUAAUCCACUCUCGAUGCCAUCGGAUGGCUGUGAAAUAAGUAGUUUUAAAUAGUUUUGUGGUCGACGCGGUUACCGUAAAAAGGAUAAUCGAGACUUUGGUUAUAAGGACAAUCAAAGCUAGACCAUAACUAUAUCGCCAAUAUCUAGGUUCAGAGUGAAAAAAUCUGGCUGAAAUUUUCAGCAUAUACUCUUUUCAUUAUCUAUUUUUUGUAACUAUUAUAGCGAGAACUGUCAGCUCUGUCUAAUCUUACCUAAUGUCGCUUUAAUUAAGAUUACUCAACAGAAUAUUGCAAUAAUAUUUAAUUAACUAGUACUUCAGUGAUAUGGGGCUACAGGACUGUAUCACAUGUGUGGGAUAAUCUUUUCCCGGUUCUAUAUAAUUGUUUAUGCCAGCUAAUUUAUAUCAUAAGGUAUGUCUUUGAGUCAACUGGCGUGGUUUCGAUUCCACGGUUGUACGUGACAAGGCGUAGUGCCGUCUGUCUAACCUCGUGGGUUUUCUCCUGGUCCUCCGGUUUUCUCCCACUGCUAAAGAUGCCUACGCGCAAGCGAAUUAUUAAAAUAAAAUUGAACCAUAUGACCUGUGUCGAGUUGACGUGAAACCCCAUUACUUCUCUCUCCCAAACACAUUACAGGAUUACGCGGCCUCACUGAGUGACAAAAAUAUUGUAUUUAUUUCAUGCUCUAUUUAAACAUACAUUAUGCAAGAGCUAAAUCUGUCUAUUACAGGUCUUUCUUUAGGCCUGAAAUGUUAUCUAAAUUAUUAAUUAGACAUUAAUUAAACUAUCCAGACCAUAAUCAACUCUAGAUGGCAUCGCUAGCCUGCGAUCUUUCGUGGAUUGUGAGCCGAUUUACUGCAUAACUUUCCUUCACGAUUUAACGAUUAAAUGGAUAAUCGAGACUAUGCUGUGUAUCGUACUGACUUUAGUAAUGAUGAUCAAGGCUAGCCGGAAAUUUCAACCGCUUAGUUCUCGGUUCAUAGUGGAUCAAUUUGGUUUGUUUUCAAAUUCAUUAUAUCAAUAUUGUAUAUACACGUGUCGUACUCAAAUAAAAAACAUUGUUUAAACCAUA